AUGGCGCCUUCUCGAAGUUGGGUUUCUCUGAGUGAUAAUGAACUUCAGAAGGAACUCCAGAGCAUCUUUUCACAACUCUCCGCCAAGGCAACGAACCCCUCAAACAGGCAAUCUGAUGAAUGGGAGCAGCGGCUUUCCGCGCUGCAGGGCCUUCAGGAGUGUGCGCGCGCCGAUCUCUCCCAGCGACAUAAUUUUACACAGCUUAUGUCCUCCCUUUUCAAACUCUCAUUGCUAGAGCAGUUGGAGGAUCGGCGCUCACGAAUCGUGCGCGCGGCUUGUGCGGUGAUUCGUGAUUUCGUUCUUUACUCGUCAAACCGUGCGGGCUGCGCGAUGAUGAGCACCUGGUACGUCCCCACGCUCCUUCGUCUAACGGGCUGCACCGUCACCCUGAUUUCGGACGCCGCGAAGGAGGUUUUGCGCACCAUUUUAAGCUCCAGCGGGUACAGUAUUGAGGCUUUCAGCCAGCUGCUGAAAUCGUGUUGUGCACGCCAGGCGGGGGUCCGCGCCCACGCGCUGGAGAUGCUUGCGAUGGUCCUUCAGCAAGCCAAAGGGACCUCUCAGCAGCUCCCAAUCGCGCACUACGCCGCACCCAUCCGCCGAGUGAUUCGGGAUGGCCUUCUGGAGGGCGAUUCGCGCGUUCGACAGGCCGCGCGGACGGGUUAUUGGGCCUUUUUCGCCAUGGAUCCGGACGAUGCGGAGAUGCUUCUGCGGAGCCUUCCGCCAUCCGUCUGGACGGCCCUUGAUGACGCGAAAGCCCUGGCAUUUCACCACAUUGGUGCGGUCCAGCCCACGGAGCGCGGCGCUCCCGAGGGCCCAUCCGACCCCCAAGACGACCCCUCCACGGCAGGGGGGAAAGGAGUUAGCAUCUCCGCGAGAAAAGUGUUCACGGGGCGCCAGGACAAUCUUCCAUUCGAGGCCGAGGCGCCUGUGGAAGGUCCAAAGGGGGGGGAAGCAGAGGUGAGUCGAGCACUCUGCGAGGAUCUCCGCACGGUCGCCGCCCGAAAGGCGCGAGCGUUGGUCCUCCGCCGUGAUGCCGCCCGUCAGCUGAGAAGGCCCUUACACCUACCCUCGCGAAGGCCAUCGGAUCCACGGCACGCACCCCUCAAGACCUUUUCUGCAGGAAAAGAGGGAUUUUUCGAAACCCAACUCGCUGAGGGUGCCCAUGCGGCGGACGGUCUAGAUGGGGAGCGCUGGAGGAGGCGUUCGGACGCGACGUCUUUAGGGCUGACACCUGAGAGGCGGACGGUGUUGAAUCAACUGCUCGCCAGCAGCGACUGGCGAGAGCGUUUAGAGGCCAUCCAGGAGCUUGAACACCUUUAUGCGCACUUGGAGGAUGAAAUGCUGGAGGAAUGUGUGAAGGAAAUGGUAUGUCAUAUGGACGAUCCCCACUUCCGGGUUCGAGAGGCAGCGCUUGAGUUCUUUGUUCGGCUUCCUAAUCAAUUAUGUGUGGAUUGGCUCCGUCAUUUUAUGGCCGAAACCGUAUCGGUUCUUAUUAUGAACACUAAUAGCACAAAGAGUUCUAUUAAAUGUAUGUCUAGACAACUCCUCGCACACUUUAUAAUGGCAUCGAAAGCUGAGGCUAUCGUUGAUGUUUUCUUCCACUGUGUGGCGUCGGCAUCGACCGUGAAUAUUCGAAAGCGCGCUAUUGAGGCUCUUCAGUUUCUCUUUGUCAGGCAUUUUCGUUAUUUCUGGAAUCCUAAGGUAAUGACUCGGACGCUUCCUAUUUUAAUACGGCAGCUCUCGUAUGAGGAGAAGCGCGGUAUCGCCAAGAACGGUGGGGGAUGUGAGGACAUCGUGAGCGUCUUCUCCACGCUUUACGCGGUCGCUCCUGGCCCUUUCGUUUCAGCUGUGCGAAGGUUGGAUGAGAAAAUGCGAGGCAUUCUUUGCGAAGCCCUGCAGAAGGUUUUACCUGAUCUCGAGGGCGAAUGCGCGGCGGACGAGGCGGUUCCGAGGAACCAUUUUAGUGAAAAGGAGGGCUUAUCGAGAGAAGACCUCGUACCGCCCCCUUUCCGGGCUUAUCUGAAGGGGUCACGAUCUUCCGCCCAUCAUGGGAUGCCUAAUCCCAACGCAAGAACAGAUAUUCCCGAGAACCGCAGUCCUAAAACUUGGAAAAGGCGCGACAGCCCGCGCCUUAUAGGACCCCUAAAGACCGCCAAUGCACCCAUGUCUUCUAACGACCUCCCUCCACCCGCGGAGGCCUUUCGCACGGCAGAUGGCGCCUACCCUCGCGGCAACGGCGGGAUGGACGCCAAGCCCUGCCGGCGUGAUCCCGCCCCCGUGGGCACCCCGUCGGCGCGAAACGUGGCGGGCCGCGGGUCGAUGGACCUUCUUUAUUCGCCCUUCUCGCUCCAGCAUUGGGUCGAUCCCUGCGAGGAGCUGCGCGAGGCCGUGCCGGAGCUGGAGGCGGAGGAGGCCGUGCGGAGGCGCGGGGACCCCCUCCGGCCCCCCUCCCCUCCCCCCCGCACGCGCUCCUGGUGGAGCUGCUCCGCAGCGAGGUCUUUCUCGAGCGCUGCGCGGCGCUGGAGGGGGUGCACGCCUCCCUCCACGCCCCGGACGCGGCCUUCGUCUGGGGCGGCGACGAGGAGGCCGCCGCGCGGCUUCUCGCCGUGGUGGAGCAGUACUGCACGGAGGCCCAGCAGCCGGACCACCGCGUGCGGCGCCGCGGCUUUGGCCUUCUGCAGGCCCUCGUCGGGCGGCCUUUUUUGCGGCCCCUUAUCGCGCGGCGGCUGA